UUUCAAGACGUUCUCUCAGUAGAAAAAUCGUGGAAAAUUUUGAUAAUCGAAUGACACAAAUUAAAAGACAUAUUGACGAGAGAGCAACCGUGGUCUGCACAACUGCAGAUGUGUGGAGUAAUAAUUGUCGGCGGUUCAUGGGUGUUACAGUACACUGGAUUGAUCAAGGAAAUUUACAGAGAAAGUCAGCUGCAAUAGCCUGUCGACGUUUUUCGGGCACACAUUCCUACGAUCGCAUAGCUGCUUUGUUGACAGAAAUUCAUUCGACUUUCAAAUUGAAUCCGGAAAAAGUAGUGGCGGUGGUGACGGAUAAUGGAUCAAACUUCAUUAAAGCUUUCAGGGUGUUCGGCGUGAAUAUGCCGGACGAUUUUUUUUACGCGGGUCUCACAUCUGGAAAUGCGGGUGGCAGUACGAAUGAAGAUGAAAAUUCGGCAUCUGAUUUGGAGUACACAACGAUUGCGGAAGAUACAGCAGCAUACGAAAAUAUGCCUGAUGACGAUUCCCAGAAUUUCGAGUUGCCUAAGCAUUUUCGCUGCGCGAGUCACACGCUCAAUUUGACAGCAACGCAAGAUGCACUGAAAGGCAUCAAAUGUAGCGAACAGUUAUCUGCAUCUCACAGUGAAGUGAUGGAUAGAUGCACAGAGCUAUGGCGAAUCACGCGUUCCCCAAAAAACUACGAGAUUCUGAAAGAAGCACUGGAAGUUGCAUUACUGAGGCCUGUUGUGGUACGAUGGAAUUCUUUGUACGAUUCUUUUUUACAAUCAAUCGCGCUCAAAGAUAAACUUCCAGAUGCUAGCACGAUGAUAGCAGAAGCUAUAGACAAAUUGCAGGGCGAAGAAUUUGGCUACUACGGAUAUGUUUUGCCAACUCUGAUUACAACGACAAGGAAAUUGAAGAUCCUAACGGAAAAACCCCAAAUGCACUAG